CAAGGAAUAAAGGGAGACAUCUCUUCCGACGCAGCCUCUCACUCCCUGGACAUCCACUGCCCUCCAACGGCCCUUGCUGACCAGUGCAAUGACCUCUCCACGGAGACACAGACUCUGUCAGAGCCGCCCGAGGCCACCAGCAAUAGCUACGACCACGUCAACGAGACCCACGGUUUCUGUGGAAGAUACUCUGCAGCAGGAAGACCACAUAAUUAUGAUCUUAUUAAUUUACUCCUGCACAGCUAG